GGCCACCACCCUGUCUCCUGGGAACUGGGGCAGGCAGUGGUGAGGCAGAAUGUUGUAGACAAAAACCAGCUCCAUCGGACCUUCAAGAACCUGCCAGCACAAGCUAGGGUGCCAACAUGGAAACCCUACUACAGACUAACUUUCCCUCCGCCAGCCACCAUCUUUUCCCACCAGGUUCAGUAUCCUCAGGUGCCACCAGGCACUGGUCUCAGCCUUGCCUGAGGUGUGUGUCUACCUCACCCCUCCUGCUAGCUGCAGCUUGUAGUCCAGGUAGGGCUGGGCAGAUUUCCAUCCCCAUAGGAGGCCUUCCUGGUCCCUCAGAACAACUGUUAAUGUUAUUAUGUGUGUCAGGGCAGGAGGGGCUGACUGGUGGGUAAGGGUCUGCUGCCUGCUGGAACAGCCUCUGGCCUGUAUACAUACACACUCUCCUGCUUGUGGGAGGUGUGGGCGGGGUCCACUCCCCAGGCCUUUGUCAUUCCUUAGUUAGCAGCUAAAAACAGCACCAGGCUGGAGCCCAGGUUACAAGGAUCCCAACAACGGACUGGAUUACUUGGGAGGUCCCCAUGGCUCAUUUUCUGCUGACUCAUCCUGAGUCCUGCUGACUUGGGGUCCUUUACCAAGGUUUGCAUGCUUUCAGUGCCGAGCCCGUUCCUACUGUGACCCAGGUCUCUGGACCACUCUGGGGUCUUCAGAGCUUUGCCAGCCUGCUCUGUGGGAAGCCUUGGGAUGCUCUUUUGGGGCAGAAGUGCAGUUGACAUGAGCGAGCUGGCCCUCACCUCCUGAGCACCCCAUGUUUGGGAGAAGUGCUCACAACAGGAUCUGGUGAGACCAAUGGGCUGUCCCUCACAGGUUUCCAUUCAGUGCUUGCAUGGAAAGCUAAGUAAGAAACUUUGUUUUGUAGUAUGACAUUCUAGAGAUUUCCAUUAGUAUCUACGACCCUGAGUGCUGGUUUUAGUUGACUCCGUGUAAUUGGUGUCAUUUCAAAAUUUCCACUCUAAACCCUGAUAAACCUUCCCAACUCUGAGAGCUCUGCUUCCCUAGAUAUCACUAAGCACACUUGUUUAUCCCACUUUGUUCUUUAUUUUUAGCUCUCUGAGUGUGUUUUGUGUCAUCUUCCUGACUAAGCCAUGCUCAAGAAUUUUUGUGUAUUCACGCUUGCUUCUGGGUAGCAGGAAGUGCCUUGCCAAGAUCAGAGUGUAGCUGAGUGGCUUCAGUUUGCGCAUGCUGAGACCCACUCAGGAUAGUUGGGUUCUCCAGGGAUGUUUGACGGUGCUCCAGGUACUGUAGAAGGCAGGCAUGCAGUCACAGAUGAGGUCAUUGUGGCCUGGUUCCUGUCUUCACCCUUUUAUUGUCAGCCAUGAACCACGUGGAUGGCAGCUUCUCCGUGAAGCCAUUAAAGCAGAAGCAAAUUGUGGACCGGGUCAGCUACCUGCUGCAAGAGAUCUACGGCAUUGAGAACAAGAACAACCAGGAGACUAAGCCUUCCGACGAUGAGAACAGUGACAACAGCAGUGAGUGUGUGGUGUGCCUGUCAGACUUGCGGGACACGCUAAUCCUGCCCUGCCGCCACUUGUGCCUCUGCACUUCCUGUGCUGACACGCUGCGGUACCAGGCCAACAACUGCCCCAUCUGCCGGCUGCCAUUCCGAGCUCUCCUACAGAUCCGGGCUGUACGGAAGAAGCCAGGAGCUCUGUCUCCCAUCUCCUUCAGUCCUGUCUUGGCCCAAAGUGUGGACCACGAUGAACACUCUUGUCCCUUUAAAAAAUCAAAGUCGCACCCUGCCUCCCUGGCCAGCAAGAAACCUAAAAGGGAAACAAAUUCUGACAGUGUCCCACCUGGCUAUGAGCCCAUCUCCUUGCUCGAGGCACUCAAUGGACUACGGGCUGUCUCCCCGGCUAUCCCAUCAGCUCCCCUCUAUGAGGAAAUCACCUACUCAGGCAUCUCGGACGGUCUUUCCCAGGCCAGUUGUCCCCUUGCUGGACUCGAUCGAAUCAUAGAAAAUGGAAUACAGAAGGGCAAGACACAGAGCAAGUCUCCAGACAGCACCCUGCGGUCUCCAUCAUCUCCCAUUCAUGAGGAGGAUGAGGAGAAGCUCUCAGAGGACCCGGAGGCUCCUCUCCCACCAAGCGGUGUGGAGCUCGUGCUUCAGGAGAGCAGCUCCCCUGAGAGUUUCGGAACAGAGGAGGUGGGUGAGCCAUCCCUAAAGCAAGGAAGCCGAGUACCCUCUAUUGAUGAUGUCCUGCAGGAUGGCAGUCCCCAGCAUCAUGGUUGCAGCCAGCCAGUCCCUCCUGCUGACAUCUACCUACCAGGAUGGUCCACCUCCAUGGAGACACACAGCCUUGCCACCACCAGCUCCCCCUGGCCUCUGCUGAGUGGCUCUAGUCCCGAACCUGGAGCUUCUGAGCUGACCCCUCUCUGAGAGUAUGGCUCAGUGGGCAGCACAGAGCCCUCAGCAUCCCAAACAUUGCCAGGAGACUCCCUGGACCCCAGCGAGACCCUGGCCUCUCCUGUCUGCACGCCUCAUGUGGCCACUGGGAUUUGAGGGGCCACAGGGAACCUUGAUCCAAUUGCACAGUGGGUUGUUCCUCCCCACACCCUCCUUUUUUAUGGUCAAUAGAUUUGUAAAUGGUACAAGAUGAAGGACAGCAGCUGUCCCCAUGGGCCACGAGCCCUAGAGGGACUCUCCCCAACUGUCAAAGCUGAUGCUUUGAGCACUUAGCAAACCAGCAUAAGAGAAUCUACCCAUGGACUGAAGUGUCAUCCUCACAAACACUCUGGAAGGUGGGCCGCCUAGGUUACGGUUAUGAAGGAAACAAUGCCUGUCUCAUGUGACCCCAAGGCAGCCAGGCUGUCAUUGCUGCUUUCUUUCACCUUACAGAUGUCCUGAGCAUGGGUGACCCUCCUUGGAGCCUCCAGGUCCCCUCCUGCUCUGCUCUACUACCCACUAGUGAUCUCUGGCAGCUGUCCAGCUGAGGCAGCUGAGGCAAGGCGGGGGUAGUCAGACUGUGUUAACACCACAGUCCUUUGCAGUGGUCAGUGUCCAGUAGCCCUCACAGGUCCUGCUUCACUCACAUCCUCACAGGCCUCCAAGAUGGAGAUGCUUGUGCUUGCAGGGCAACACUGCCCACCACCUGCCAGGGACGAGCCUGAGCAGCUUCCACAGCACAUCCAUUGCCAGUUACCUGUCCUUUUACUUUCUUACCGAUUUAUUGUCUGAGGCUUCUGUCACAGGAUCCUAGGGUCACUUGGUUUCUAAGGCAGAAGUAGCCCAAGGGUGGCCCCAGGGCAGAGAUGCCCCAGGCAAUGCAGCUCCCUGGUCAGUUAGAGAGGGAAGUCAGCCCAAGGAGCUGCCCUGCCACUCACCCAGGUGACAGCCUGUAGCAAUGCAUGGAGACCCCUUUAGGCUCAGGGUUGCUUGAGCUCUGGCUCUCCCCCUGCUCCUUCCUAGCAGUGACUGGCCUGGUCUCUGGUAAGCCUGUAAGCACAGUUCUGUCUGCAUAUCCAUCCGUAUUUUCUCUCUCUCUCUCUCUCUCUCUCUCUCUCUCUCUCUCUCUCUCUCUGAAUGCACAUAUGUGCACACAUGUCAGCAUGUGCAUGCCCACCCCUCACUUCUCACCUGCCAACACCCUGGCGCCUGGUGCCAGUACUUUGAAAGAUGGGAUGCAGACUCCACACUUACCUGUCUCAGAUUCACAUGUACUAUCAUUUGAUGUACUGAUUGGCUAGUUUGGGUUCAUUUUUACUGUAUAUUUAUAGUAAUAAAAUCAUGCAGCAAUAUUCUAUGUGCGCCUUUGUUCUGCCACAGCACUGUAGGCAGCACUGUUGGCUCUCGGUGUACUGACAGGACACUGGCUGACAGGUUUUGGUGCUGCCUUCAUUUGCUUCUGUGAGAGGGGCAGUGAGCAGCCCCUCCACACACAGACAACGGUCAUUGUGCUUGUUUUGUUGCUCGCUCUGUCUGAAGCUGACAUAGAAUUUGGCUCACCUCCACGGAGCAAUUGCUGGAUCUCAGCCUCCAGGUGGGCAGAUGGUCCUAGUUCUUAUACCCACCCCAGCUCUUGUGAUGUCUACCGAGUACUAAUCAAUGUACCAGAGGGCAAAGCCUAUGACAAGGGGGACCCAUCACUUGAGCUGGAGUCACUUAGAUGCUUAAGUCUUUAAAGGCAUGAUUUCACAGGGCAGUGGAGUCACAAGCUCCGGGUCGAGCCUCAGGGAAAGAUCAUGGAUGAGGUGGAUAUUGAGAUUUCCAGCUGCACUCUCAAUGACGUUUGGGACUUGAGACUGGCACAUCUUGAUGAUCAGUGUACCUCCCUAGGACAACCUGGCCUCGGUGCUGUGCAUCUUGGGAGCCGUAGUCUUCUGGUAGUCGUGGGGGGUCUCCUAUGUAAAGGAGAGUAGCUAACUACAUAACCCCACCCCCACCCCGCCUCCACCAAGAGCUCGAGUCUUUGCUGGAUUCAACACCAGUCUCAGGGCUGGUGGGGGCGGGCUUAUGCACGUGGAAGCACGUGGAUUGGGCCUAUGUGUCGUGGGCGGGGUCGCGCAUGCUCAUUUGGGCAGUGGGCCUGGAGCACAUCAAGAUGUCGACCACGACGGUUCCGGAGCUGAAGCAGAUCAGUCGGGAGGAAGCAAUGCGCUUGGGGCCCGGCUGGAGCCAUUCAUGCCACGCCAUGCUGUACGCUGCCAACCCCGGGCAACUUUUCGGCCGUAUCCCCAUGCGUUUCUCAGUACUGGUGAGGAGCCGGGCGGGCUAGCAGGGCGGAUCGCUUGGGACACCCAGUGGACCCCGCGUCCUGACCAGGCUUACCUUGCAGAUGCAGAUGCGCUUCGAUGGGCUGCUGGGCUUUCCCGGGGGUUUCGUGGACCGCCGCUUCUGGUCACUGGAGGAUGGCUUGAACCGGGUCCUGGGUCUGGGCCUGGGCGGCCUACGCCUUACUGAAGCUGACUACCUGAGUUCACACCUGACUGAGGGUCCACACCGUGUGGUGGCACACCUGUACGCACGGCAGCUGACGCUGGAACAGCUGCAUGCUGUGGAGAUCAGCGCUGUGCACUCGCGGGACCACGGUUUGGAGGUGGGACUACUGCCUGGGGCCCGCCCCCGUUCCCACUCCUGAGGUUUGGCUCUGGCACCACAGAAGGCACCAAUGGGUAACAAGUGCCCCUCAGGGUCCUCACCCUGGCUUUGUUGGAUGGGAAGAGGGACUUGGGAUCUGGGUCAUGGGCUGUUUACAUUGCCUUGUUGCCUGCCAUUGUCAAUCCUGGGAGUGGGGCUUGGGGUCACUGGAAGGGAUGAUCAGGGCCUGCUUGGAAAAUUGAGAACAGACAAAACAAAAAACAAACAAAACAAAAACCGGAUUGUAGCGUUUAGGAUUACCUCCUGAGGAAAUUUGGGGAUUUGAGGAUUCUCUGGUCUAAAGGGCAUAGAGUGAAACUAGUGAUCAUGGGAGUUGCAGCCAGACAGGGUGGGGAGUGCGUAGGAUUGGCCUUGAAACUUGGGGAGAAGGGGCUUUACUGCAUUAGCAAUGCCUGGCCAGACCGGGCCUGGGUCUCCCUGUCUCUGGCAAACUGGUGGCUGACAGGCCUUUCUGCCAGAGUCCUGCCUCUACAGGAGAGCCCAGCCCCACCCGUGCCCUCUGUCCCGCAGGUCCUGGGCCUUGUACGUGUCCCACUGUACACACAGAAGGAUCGAGUAGGAGGCUUCCCUAACUUUCUGAGCAACGCCUUCGUCAGCACUGCCAAAUAUCAGCUCCUAUUUGCCCUUAAGGUACUCAACAUGAUGCCCUCGGAAAAGCUGGCCGAGGCCUUGGCCUCAGCCACGGAGAAGCAGAAGAAGGCCCUAGAGAAGCUGCUCCCGGCCUCAUCCUGAGGUGGUUCCUGUGCAGGUCCCUGCCCUCCCUUGGCUGUCUCUGCCCACAGGCCCUGGAAUUCCCGAGAAGCGUGCCUUCUAGUGUGUUUGGUUUUGCAUCCCUUCUACUGCAAGGGACAAGCAGGCAGCUGUUCAUCAUUGUUGUCCCAAGCAGUCCCUGGGACCCAGCCACCCUCUCUCAGGUUGGUCAGUGGGCUGGGCCUGGGCCCGGGCCCAGCUUUUCAAGCUGAAGAUGUUCUUCUCACCCAUCCCAGGGCUCAAACUGUGCCGUGAGUCUGUUCAUGACUGGUGGAGCCCCAGCUAGAGCCAUUCUUCCCAGGCAACCACUCGGAUGGUACCCAGAUCCUGGACUGGUUGUGGGUUUUGUUCAGUAGAGAGGACCCAUAUUAGAUCAGCCCUUCCUUCCCUUAGCCCAGAACCCGGUCCAGCUUGGGGUAGGAUGAUGCUUGGGUGGUUGUUGGAUUUCUGUUGGGUUUUUUUCCUUGGUGUAUGAACUGUGGGUUGGUUUCAGAAUGGCUGUGCCCCAUAUGGCUUUGUUUUCCCCAUGAGGGCUUUGACUUGGCUCUGUGAAACUGAGGAAGAAAGAAGACAAUAAAGCCAUUCCUCUGAUGCUCA